GACUUUUCAAUAUUUUCUUGUUACUCAUUGUGAGAAGACCAGUCUGAGAUAUCGAUGGCAAUAGCCUCUCUAUAGCAAAUAGAAGGAACUGGUUUUUAGAUUCCAUUUUAUGAAAAAUUUUGAGUGGAUUUUUGAGGAAAUGUCUGAUUGUCCUGUAGGCUCGAGGCCAGAAUGAAUGAAGGUCAUAAGCUCUCAGUUUUGGAGCUUGAUAUUGAAAAGCAAAAGCUAUAUAGGUCAGAUGGAAGAUCAUAUCAUUAUGAAGAAUGUGAUUACAAUCUAAUAAAGACCCAAGAGAGUAUCUCAGAGCCAAAGGAGUCUUUUCAACCAGUGCCAAGCAUAAAGAGUCAUUGGCCAGAUAAUUCAAAUAUAAUCUGUUACGGAGAAAGAGAAACACAAGAUGAAUCAGAAGACAUCAUUCAAACAAGUUGUCAAAACAGACUGAUUUAUCGUUCAAAUUUCUUGCAUAAGGUCAAAUGCGAGACUCUGAUGGAAGUGUCUCCCAAACCGGGAGUCACUAAUCGUCAAGAAUGGAGUGAUAGAGUAGGAGGUGUGUGGGAAGGGUUUCAACAUUCAAAUAGCAGCCAGAAUAUUUACUCCUCUCAAGAAAACAUCACAAUUCAAAUCAAAGAGAAUUUUGAUGAGAAUAAAUGUUUGAAAAGCUAUUCGAUUUCUGUCAGCGAGGUUAUUUCCAUUGAGAAAUUUAGAGAAGGUCUUGAAUCAACCUCAAGCGAGCCAAUUUUAUGGCACGACCAAGGCAAGAUUCAUGAGAUUCAUAAGAAUUCUCUGGAAAACCUGUUCGCUAAAAGCACUAGCUUGGCCAAAGAAGUGAAGAGGAAAAUCGAUAUUUUACUCGAAUAUGGAUCUGAUUCCUUUGUAGCUUUAGCUUCGCUAUCUUUUUAAUUUAUCAAAUAGCAAGAUAGUCACAAUCUUCAACUUUGUGCUAUUAGUGACAAUCUUCAUCAAAUUCAUGAUCAUAAUAUAAGCACACAAUAAAUAUAUUACAACUUG